CAAGAAGGAGAAAAGAAAGGAGGAAGAAGAGUACUAGAGAGUCGGUCUAGAGAUUGUUAAAAUAUGAGAGAGAGAGAGAGACCAAUUUUUUAGGUUCCUUUUGAUUUGCAGCAUUUAAAGUUAUUUAAAAUUUCCGAUUCUUGAUCAGUUUCCUUUUACUUCUUUAUUCCUUUUUUUACUCUGUUAAUUCUCAAGUGUACUUUAUUUCCAUAUUAUAGUGAUCUGAUCUUUGUGAUCUCAUACAAUCUCAGAUACUAUUUCCUCCUCUCUUGCUCUACAUGUAUUUGGUUUAUUUAAUUGUCCACAUUCAAAGUUACAAUCUUUACUAAAUUAUGGGGGUUUUCAUUUUCUUUCCAAUACACAUCAGAUUUUCUGUAUCUUAAGAAUAUCAUGUUCCUGUACUUGAUGGAUCCUGUGUUUAUAUAUAGCUUUCCUUUCUGUAUUGCUUAAGAAAGAUACAAUUUUCUUGACGUUAGCAAUAAUGACUAUAGAAGAUCAUACACAAAGCUGUAGCAAUAGCAAUAGCAGCAGUGCCACUAAAAAGUUGAAGCAAAAAAAAGUUCCACAAAGAGGACUAGGUGUUGCUCAACUUGAGAGAAUUAGAUUGGAAGAACAACAUAUAAAAGAUGAAACUUUGCAUUCACCUAAUGUUUUGUCACCAAAUUCAAUUGUCUCAUCACAAGAUUCCACUCUUAGGCCUACCCUUAACUCCUCUUCAAUCUCUUCACAAACACGAUUAGCCUCGAAAAAUUGUGAGUUUAGACCAAAUCCAUCUAAAACAACUGGUAUGAUAGGUGAAGGUGAAAUGAAUUUGUCAGCAAUUUUGGGUCCAGGCUAUGAUGAUUGCUCUAAAUUGUGGAGUAGUGAGUACAAUACUGAAGAAGAGAAUAAGAAGUUGUAUCAAUAUGGUGGUGUUAAGCCUGAUCUAAAUUUGUCACAUGAACCCCAGAUCCCAAUUUUUUCUUUACCCAAUAAGCUGCUUAGAUCACAACAAUAUCAGCAGCCUCCUUGUUCCUCAUCAAUGGUGAAUAUCUCAUCAUCUGUAGGAAAUCUUCAUAUGGAGCCCCCUUCAAACCAAAGUUAUAAUGGCUGUCACUAUUUACCUCUUUGGCCAGAAGAAGUGAAGAUGGUUGGCAUAAAAAGACCAUAUCCAUUCCCUCCAGAAUACCCACCCGUCCCUGCAUUUCAAAAAUUUCCUCUGUGCUAUAUUGCCCCUGUAUCUGGAUCACACGAAUCAGCUUCCUUUAGCAGUGAAUGCGCAGUAAAUUCAGAAUCAGGAACUCAUCAUAAAAGAGAAGUUCCUUUAAAAUCAAGAACUCUAUCCGAGGUGAAACCAAGGAAUGUUGUCAGAGGAAAUAGAGUUCUCAAUGGAGAUUUUCUCACAUUGGCUCCUCCUACAGCAGUUGGUAAAGGAAAUCAGCAAGAUUUAUCUAACUCUGCUUCUCAGAACAGCGAGCUAUUUAAAUUCGAAACUGUACCCUUUCAAGAAGUUGCUGAAGAGCCUAGCACUAAGCCAGGCCUAAACAGAUUAGUUCAACAACCUUUAUUCAGAUUUUUCCCAUCUGCGAAUGUGCAAAUUGGCCAAGUAGGAAUAACCAAAAGCAACUGUCAAGGUGAUGUAGGAGGAAAAGUUGAUCUUAAUCUGAAGCUAUAGAAGUUAAGUCCAUGUCACCGGUGGCUUUGUUAAGUCUUUUGAGGUGUUUAUUCAGGGCUUUUAUUCUUUUACAUGGGUAGAAAUAUUUCCUUCUAAUGAAUGUCUUACCAUUCAUGGGCUGCAUAUGUUAGUUGAAAAAUGAAAAAAGAUGCCCUUUGCAUGGUGUUCCCCAAGGAAAAAAUAUAGACUCUAGUUCUAUUACAGAAAGAUGGUAAACAAAAGCUCUUCAUUUCAUGUCUUGUGGGUCGUUGUGGUGCCUCUUGGAGUGGAGAAUAAAGGUGAAACAAAAGUGAGUUUUUGAUUGUAACGAUCCAAAAUAAGAGAAGAAGAAUAUUUGGGAAGCUUCAAGGAUCAGUUUCAAGACAUUAAUUACUUUUUAGAUUUACAUUGUUGACGAAGAGCCAGAGGCAGCUAUUUUCCAGAAUUUUGUCUUUGACAAGAAUUGUGAAGGAAUACCUCUUUGUAUUC